AUGGUGCAGGAAGUGAAGAAAGAAAACUAUGAAUCGCAAACAGACGACAAAACCCGACGAGUUCAGGAAAAGAACUCAACGAGUUUUACAUCUGAUGAGAAAAAGAAUCCUCCAUUAAAACCGUACCAACCUCCCUCUCCAUUCCUAGGUCGAGCCAUACAAGAUAGGAAAAAUGAAGAAUAUGAGAAGUUUCUAGAGCACAUCAAGACCCUCCAAGUUAAUAUUCCAUUUAUUGAGGCAAUAGCUCAAAUGCCAAAGUAUGAAAGAUUCCUCAAAGAACUCCUCAAUAAUAGAAUGAAGAUUGAGGGAGUAUCAGAAGUUGUUUUAAACGAUAAUUGUUCAACUGCUAUGAUGAACAUACUACCGAAGAAGAUGGGGGACCUGGGGAGCUUCACUUUGCCAUGUCAAUUCCGGAAUUUGGCUACAUUUUACGCAUUGGCCGACUCGGGAGCUAGUGUGAAUAUUAUGCCAUAUUCAUUCUUCAAAAAGUUAAACCUUCCGGAACCAAAACCCAUUCAUAUGGCAAUUCAUCUAGCUAACAAGACGGUGACAUAUCUAAGGGGAAUAUGCAAAGAUCUUCUGGUCAAAGUUGACAAAUCAGUGUUCCCUACUGAUUUUAUAAUCUUAGAUAUGGAAGAGGACCACCGAGUCCCGAUUAUCCUUGGGAGACCGUUUCUAAACACCGCCUGUGUUAUCGUUGAGUGGGGGAUGAUUCUGUCACAUUUGGAGUCGAUCAAGCGGUAA